AUGGUGAAAACCGCUAACAACGUCGAUUCGUUACCAGAAAAUGAUGAGAACAGGCCGUACAAGUGUGGGAUCUGUUCGAGAGGGUUCCACAGGCUGGAGCACAAGAAGAGACAUUUGAGGACGCACACGGGGGAGAAACCGCACAAGUGCGUCUUCCCAGGGUGCACGAAGGGGUUCAGUAGAGGUGACGAAUUGAAGAGACAUCUUAGAACACACACGGGGAUCUCGUCGAGAAAUAUGAAGAACCAGGCCAGAAACUUCCACCAGCAGCCGCAGAUGAUCAGCAUAUACGGGGUCGACGGCGCUGACCCUUAUAACAUCCCAGUGAUGAUAACUCCGCAGGCGAUGACAAUGGCGGUGCCAUUUCCUGGAUUCCCACAACAACCGCAACCACAACCGCAGCAGCAUUUUGGGAUCGGCUACGCUCAAGCGUCUAUGUCCCCACCAUCGGAAAACCAACAAAUAAAUGGUACGCCGAUAAUGAUGCCAAUUGCAAUUCCAGCGCAGCAGGUGAAACAACAGCAGCAGCACGUACAGCAACAACAAAUGGGGUUCUGUCCAACGCCAGUUGGGUCGGCACCCAGUAAUGCAUUCUACUUGAGCACACAACCUUUCCCGCAAUCUGGCAGCUCGUCGAAUCUAAGUGACGCAUCGUCGACUUAUUCUAACGGUAGGUACCCUACGUCCACCGCGACUUCUAUAAGUACGGCUCCCACGAAACCCCAUUUCCCAGUCUCACCCACAAGUUUCACGGAAAGUUCUACAUUUACAGAAACCCCAUCCUCAGCUACACCCCCUUACUCGUUCAGAAGAACGAUCAGCAAUGCUUUGCACUCGCUUCAAGGUAUGACUACAAAUAAGCACAGCAACUCCCCCAUACCAAACACGCCCCCCAAGAGCAAUAAAGUAACGAAACUGCACACGCCUCAAGAGAACCUGCCGAUAUCUAAUGCGAGCAGCUUGCUAUCGUUAAACUCGAUGCUUCUCCGUGAUCAGCAACAACAGCAACAACAACUGAAACAAAGCCAUCCGUCGACGAUCGCGGAAGAUUCCGGCAGCGACGACACCAGCAGCGACAGAAUGUUGAAACUACACGUCAGCGACCCGCCCAGGAGCACCGGGAAGGCGCAAUUCCAUAUAUCCUCCGAGAACAACUCGGACAACGACGACGCCACGGGGGACGAAGAGCAAGACUGCGCGGUCCAUCGCUCCCCAGUCGGUCCAGAAGAACAGGGCACCCGCGCCAAACGGUUCGGCGUCAAACUACCACCCGUAAGCAACCUGCUGAAACAGAUUGACGUGUUCAACAAACCGCUAUGA